GUAGUAUCGAGAAAAACUCUGUGCACAUGAGCAGCGCAAGCACAGAACUAUAAAUGUGUGGUAAUAACCACAGGAGUAUAUACCACACAGCCUGUAUGGAGUCGUGACUCAUUUCACGGGACUCGUCUGGUGUAGUCGGCAAUAAUACGUAGUAGGAAGCGCAAAUUUUUCCUGCCAUUUUAAUAAUUGUGCCCCAACUUCCUCACUUUUAUCAGGAUGCAAACUGGGGCCAAAAAUCAUCAAUGGGAGCCCAGACUGAUUUCAACACAUAAGACUAAACGCUUUGGUUUGAAACACCUGGUUGUUCGAGCAACAGUGUUGAACAGACUAGUGAAGUUCCUGAACACAGCCUACAAAGAUGCACAGCACAGCCGCUGAAACAGGAAAACGCUGGAGAAGGACCGUAGUUGGAUUUGAACCUACAGCAUGCUUCAAUCACAAAGGUCAGAAGUUGAACAGGAUGUGGAUACGGACACUUCACCUGGUUUUGAUUGGCGUGUAUCUGCAGGUGCAAAGGUGCUACCCAUCGUGCACUUUAUACACACUUGUUGCUAAUUGUGCAUCACAGGGUCACUUCUGGGUUCCAACCCUCCCACCCUUCAUCACCCACCUGUACCUGGAGUUUAACUACAUCAGUGAGCUCAAUAGCACCUCCCUCGCAGGGCUGGAGCAUCUGCAACAGUUGGAUCUCGGAAAGCAGCAUGUGCCGCUCAUAAUCAGAAAUGAGGCUUUUGCCAGGCAGAAAAGCUUGACACGGUUAGUUCUUGGGGACAACAUGGGUCUUAAACUGGAGCCAAAGGCGUUUGCAGGACUGUUCAGUUUGCAGAACCUCUACCUGGAUCAUUGCGGUUUGACAGAGUCCAUCUUGACUGAAAGCUAUUUGCAGCCGCUUUUCUCCUUAACAAAAUUGGAUCUUUUUGGCAACAAAAUACAGAAACUCCAACCUGGAAAGUUUUUUGUGAACCUGACAGAAUUCACAGAGCUCAACCUCAAACUGAAUCAGAUUCAAAUGUUAUGUGAAGAGGACCUGGUUGGUUUUCGGGGGAAGUAUUUCAAGCUCCUGAACUUGGACUCCAACCACUUAUUUCGCAUAUUUGAUGGAAGUUUUGACUGGGAUAGAUGUGGAAACCCUUUCAGAGGAAUGGGCUUUCACAUGCUCGACUUAUCCACCAACAGUUUCAGCAUCACUGCAACAAGGUUGUUUUUAAAACUAAUAGAAGGGACUCCAAUUGGUCAUCUCAUAAUGCACGGAUACAUGGGUAAAGGCUUUUCACAUGAUAACUUGGCAGAUCCGGACAACAGCACAUUCGAAGGACUCGCAAGGAGCGGAGUUCGCAUUUUGGAUAUCUCUAAAAACGACAUAUUUUCUUUACAGAGAGCCAUUUUUAGUCACUUAAGUGAUGUAAUGAUCAUUGACCUUUACAAAAACAAAAUCAACCGGAUUAACAGAAAUGCCUUUGAUGGUCUUCAGGGACACUUACUACUGCUUAACCUGUCAUCGAACCUUAUAGGAGAAAUACAUUCUUACACGUUUACCAAUCUGACCCAACUCUUGUUGUUAGAUCUGUCUUACAACCACAUUGGUGUGCUGGGAUACAAAGCAUUCAGCAGUCUACCCAAUUUAAAAAAUUUGUUUUUAACGGGAAACUCUCUGCGAAAUCUCGGCCACCCUGCAACAUUACCAAACUUGAAAAUUCUCCUUUUGGCUGAUAAUAAAUUGAACGCUGCUUCGCUGUCUAGCAUCAUUGCCUUGGGCAAAAGCAGUAUCAUGGUGGAUAUUUCUGACAACAAGUUAAACAACCUGGAGGAUAUUUAUGUCAUUUUAACUCAAUUCAAGGAUCUUCAGUAUUUUUAUUUUGGCGGCAAUGUCAUCAAGUGGUGCACACUAAACCAGAAUGUUGCAAUACCUCGUGUGAAUCAUUUGAAAGACUUGGAUCUUCACGAUAGUUCUCUGCAGGUCAUCUGGGCACAGGAGACAUGUCUCGACAUCUUUGAUCAUCUUAAAAGUCUGCUCUGGCUUAAUUUAAGCUCCAACUCACUCGCCACUCUCCCUCAAGGAAUUUUCAGUGGUCUCCGCUCAGUUGUUGUAAUUGACCUCUCCUUUAAUGCCCUGACCUAUUUCCAACAUGAUGUUUUCCCUCCCAGCCUGCAGACACUCCACCUUCUAAACAAUUUCUUGGCAUCGCCCGACCCAGCGACUUUUCAGUCUCUCAGCAGCAUCAGUCUCAUGGGAAACCGAUUCCACUGCGACUGCAAAUUGGAGCGCUUUCUGAGAUGGUUGGAGACGACCAAUGUGACCUUCACAAGUCCCAUUGAGGAGUACAGAUGUGAGUUUCCAGCUGAUGUGUACAACCUCCCUCUGCUGAACUACUCCAGGAUUGUAAAACCGUGUGAAGACGACGAGAAGGCAGUCCAGGGUUUGAGGUUAGCUCUUUUCCCCUUCUGUGCCCUGUUCGUCACUGUAGUCAUUGUGAGUGGGAUCGGAUAUGCCCAUCUCCGCGGUCAUGUAUUUAUCAUUUACAAAAAAAUCCUUGGCUGGGUUGUUGAGGGAUCAAAACCUCCUGCAGGCAAGCUGCAAUACGAUGCCUAUUUUUGCUUUAGUGACAGGGACUACAGGUGGGUGGAGACUGCAUUGCUUAAGAAGCUGGAUAACCAGUUUUUAGACAAAAACAUCCUUCAUUGUUGUUUCGAGGCCAGAGACUUCCUACCUGGUAUGGACCACCUUUCAAACAUCAGAGAUGCCAUCUGGGGAAGCAGGAAAACUGUGUGCAUCGUGUCCAAGGCAUUCCUCAAUGAUGGCUGGUGCUUGGAAGCAUUCAAGUUGGCCCAAGGCCGGAUGCUGGAGGAGCUGACGAAUGUUCUUAUUAUGUUGGUGGUUGGGAAGGUGCCUCACUACCAGCUCAUGAAAUACAACGCAGUCAGAACGUUCGUGCAGAAGAGAGAAUACCUCAUCUGGCCAGAGGAUCCUCAGGACCUGGAGUGGUUCUACGAGCGCCUCGUCUUGCAGAUACUCAAAGACACCAAACUCAAAAAGGUCGCAAAGGGCAAAGAGGAGGCGGCACAGUUUGAGAUUCAACGCGAGAAACCAGACGAGAUCCAGCUGCAACCCAUCAGAGCUGUGGUUGUGAAUGCGUAGGUGUAUUGGGGUAACCACUAUCUGGACUUCAAAAACCAAGCAACCAUCCAGGUCUCUACUCUGCAAAACUAGUUUAAAAAAAUCGUACAGAUGCAUAUAUGUGUUCUGGUGUUUUACAUCAGGUUUUUAAUGGUUAUUUCUCAGGGAAAUGGAUCGCUUCAGCUACAAGAACCAUAAAGAUAAAAGAGAUGAGAUACGAGCUACAAUUUGAAAGGGAGUAUGAAGAUUACAUUCAUGUGUGGACGCAGGCACGGAAAGAGAUAAACACGCAAAGACCUGCUGUUGAUUAGAGAACAGACUUUCCCUCUGACAGCAGAAAGAAGAUGACCUUGUGGACGGACUGAUCUCAGCUUCGCUCCCCUUUUCUUUCAGGAAGGGAUUCAGACUUUAGAGCACGUCUGUCAGCAGUAUGCUUCAUCCCCUCUGGCUCUCCCCUCAUCCCAAUCAUCACCACCUCAGUCUCCUGGAUGAGCCCAUCCUCCCCCAUCUCCCACACGUCCGUGAGAAGAGCAGCAUUGUGGACUUACACUGUGAAGCUCCACUUACACAGAAUAUUCAAAAUUCACCACAUUCUUUUAAACCAACAACAGGACACGUUAUUCUUAACUUCUUAAGCAAUUUAAAAAAAUAAUUUCCCAACAUUUCACUGCCUGAUAAAGUCUUGUUGUUCAGUUCUGUGGGGACAGUAAGAGGGAUGU